AAGAAGCAGCGGUGAUGACGCAGGUGUAAGAUGGCGGUGCAGGUGGAGUUGUGUUGUUUGGAGAGUUUCCCGGCUCACCUGAGUCCCCUGGAUGCUCUCAUACUGAAAUCUCAGCUUAGCUCAGUUUUCCAGGAUGACACCGACCCACCGACCGUCCUCUUCACCCCGCAGCGGCCUCGGGGCUCCGGGAGGCCGGGCAUUUUACUGCGCGUUCAGCCGACCACCGAGGAGGAGACUACAAGCUGCGGAGCGGGAAACUCCCCCAGAGCCGAGUCCGAGCACCGGGUCCGGCUCUUCACCAGCCGCCUCUUCCUGCGGCUCCACGGACUCCAGCGGGUCGGCAGCACGGGGUCCGUCCGGGCUCUGGAGCCAGUCCCCCUGGACAGACUGGUGCUGGGAGCCCGCAGUCGGCAGAGCCUCCGCUGGGCUGGAGCCGAGCAGUUCACCGGAGGGCUGCUGGAGCUCUGCCGCCCGGGACAGUGGCUGCUGGCCCGGCGCGGAGACCCGCUGCUGCUGCCCCGACACCCGCUGCUGGGAGAGGACCCGGGACAGGUGCAGCAGCAGCUGUUGGAGCUGCUGGUGUUGGACUGCAGUCCUGUAACACAGGGACGGAUCACAGCUGACACCUCUGUGGUGCUCACAGACUGCUGGGAGUCAGCGGAGCCCCCAGGGGCCCCCUUGCCCUGCAGACCCCUCACACUGUGCGUGUCAGACUUCGCUCAUUACGCCGAUGGCCUGGGAGGGGGGCGGUCGCUUCUUGACAGCAGGAAGCUGCUGGGCUCGGGAUUCUCCGGCGUCCUGCAGGCGCUGGAGUGCAGGGUGGACGUUCGAGUGGUGGACACUCAGCGGUGGCUCGGGGUCAGAGGUCAGCAGGGAGCUGGCGUGGACGUGGACAGCUGUGUGUUUGUGAGCAAACAGCUGCUCCUCAGGCUGGGGCUGUUCAACCAGGAGUGGGUGAAGCUGUGGGGGCCUCCUGCAGGUCACGGCGAUGCGUGCAGGCAGCGGCUGGUCUCCGUGCUGGUGGUGGAUUUAACGCAGAGUCCAGACCUGCAGAACCACGACGAGGUCGGUUUCAUUUCGCCGACUCUGUGGUUCAACAUGACCGGAGGAGACGUGAUCCCAGCGAACAGCUGCACUCUGAGGAUGAAGAGGUGGAAAUCGUCUCCUGCUUCUGCUGUGCCCGGCGCUCGACACUCUGACAGUUUCUGUCGCUCAGCCUCUCCAGCGUUUGCCAGCGAGAUUCACAUCCAGCCGGUCGUGUCUCCACUGUACAACAACAUCAGCUGCUGCGACAACCUGCUGUCUGCACACUUCAGUACGCCAAGACUGGUUUCACAGGGAGACAUCCUGACAGUUCCUGCUGAAAAUCAUCCCGACCUGCUGGAGAACAACUCAGAGGGAAUUCACAGGUGUCCAGUGCUGUUCUUCAGAGUGCAGAAGGUGUGUCCGUCUGCAGAGACAGAAGAAGAGGAAGGAGGAGGAGGAGCUUACCUGGCUGACAGACUGCACACCUCUCUCUACAUGAGAGCGUCCACCAGCAGCCCCGUCCCCUGUCUCUGUGUGGACGGCGGCUCGUCUCUGUGGAGCAGUCUGUCUCCUCCGGGCCUCACUCAGACCGUGGAGCUCCUCAGCAGCAUCAUCCUCCCUCACCUGCAGCACAGCAGCUCUCUGUCUGGCUGCACCGUCCUCCUCCACGGUCCUGCAGGAAGUGGAAAAGUAACUUCGGUCAGCGCGGCGAGCCGCAGGCUAAACCUCCACCUGCUGAAGGUAGACUGUGUGAGUGUGUGUGCUGACACUCCUGCAGCGUCGGAGGUGAAGCUGAGCUCGGUGUUUCAGCGGGCUGACGCCCUACAGCCCUGCAUCCUGCUGCUCAGGAACCUGCAGCUCCUGCUCACGGCUCGAGGAGGUGCAGAGGAGGACGGCAGAGUCCAGGCGGCGCUCUGCCAGCUGCUCCACAGCGCCCCCAGCAGUGUGGUGGUGGUGGCGACGGUCUGCAGACCUCGGGAGCUGUCUGCAGGUGUCAUGGCGGCGUUUGUCCACCAGGUGGCGUUGGAGAGCCCCACCGAGGAGCAGCGGCACUCCAUCCUGGUCAACCUGAGCCAAGACCUUCAGCUGGGGAGAGACGUCAACCUGGAGAGACUCGCCAAACUCACUGCAGGGUUCGUGUUGGGGGAUCUGAGUGCUCUGCUUGUGGAGGCUGGUCGAGCUGCCUGCAGGAGGCUGAUUCACACCUGUGGUUGUCGGCAGGAGGAGGAUCUGUGCUCCAGUGGAGUGACCAUCCUGAACCAGGACUUCACCUCCGCCCUGGAGACCCUGCAGGACGCCCAGUCCACGUCCAUUGGAGCCCCCAAGAUCCCUGAUGUGCGUUGGGAGGAUGUUGGAGGUCUGCAGCAGGUGAAGAAAGAGAUCCUGGACACAGUUCAGCUUCCUCUGCAGAGACCAGAGCUCCUGUCCCUGGGUCUGAACCGGACUGGAGUCCUGCUGUAUGGUCCACCGGGAACAGGGAAAACUCUGCUGGCCAAAGCUGUGGCUACUGAGUGCUCCAUGACCUUCCUCAGCGUUAAAGGUCCGGAACUCAUCAACAUGUACGUGGGUCAGAGUGAAGAGAACAUCAGAGAAGUGUUCUGCAGAGCACGCUCAGCUGCUCCGUGUGUCGUCUUCUUUGAUGAGCUGGACUCUCUGGCUCCCAGCAGGGGGCGCAGUGGAGACUCUGGAGGGGUGAUGGACAGAGUCGUGUCUCAGCUGCUGGCCGAGCUCGAUGCUCUGCACUCGUCUGUUGGGGUUUUUGUGAUCGGAGCGACAAAUCGUCCGGACCUGUUGGACCAAUCACUGCUGAGGCCGGGCAGGUUCGAUAAACUGGUCUACGUCGGAAUCAACGAGGACCGAGCCUCUCAGCUGCAGGUCCUCCGAGCCAUCCUCAGAAAAUUCCAGCUGGACGCUGCUGUGGACCUGCAGCAGGUGGUGCAGCGCUGCCCCGAUCACAUGACCGGCGCAGACCUGUAUGCCCUCUGCUCAGACGCCAUGACGGCCGCCAUCAAGAGGAAGAUCUCUCUCAUCAACGACGGUCUGGACACAGAAGACUCGCCUCUCCUUGUCUCCGUUGAGGAUUUCUCUUCAGCGUUAGAAAACUUCAUGCCGUCAGUUUCACACGAGGAGCUGCUGAGAUACAGAAACAUUCAACAGAAGCUCACUGCCAAGUAGAGACUGAUGAUGAUGAUGAUAAUCAUGUUCACCACUCAGAUGAAGGUCUCAUUUAAAGCACAUAUCAACACUGUAAAAUACUGUAAAUGUAAAUAAUGUAAACAAAAGUUAAUUUAUGAAAUUCUGAGAUGUAAUUAUUGAAUAUUGCCAUUAACCUCGACUAAUGAAACUAGAUGUUAGAGUUCAGUUUUUCUCUUGAUGGAACCAUCGCUACGUCAAAUGCUAAUGAUGGUUUCUAAAGGCUUUUCACAAAAAUCACUUUUACUAUUAACAAUUACUUGAUUAAUGUUGUGAUAUUCCAGCUCGGCGUUAACUGCAGUACCUCUGCCUCAUAUUCUUAUUCUUAUUACAUCAACUAUAACCAGUGUUAAAUAUACACAUGCAUAUAUAAUGUUGUAAAGCAACCUUUUAAAGGGUUGGAUCAUGUCGUCACACAGAAAUUUAAAAAUCAUAUCCAGGUGUGAAGGAGAGCUAAAAUAUUGGGAUUAAAGAAGAAGUCGCAAAACUUGAAAUAAUGCUGAUUUUAUCACUUUUGUCAAAACAAAAAUUGAAGGAGGCAUUUUUUUUAAAAAUACUUUACAGAUGGUUCCUGGGCAGAGCGUAAAGAAGCUGCUAUGAGACGCAAUGAAAAUACAUUUUCAUUAUCAAAUCUGUUAAGGCUGAUUUCUACAUUUCACUGCAGUAGUCAUAAAACUAUGAUACAAAGUUAUGAAAUUUCAGUGGACAAAAUCACAACCUCUCAGUUCACUGAUCAUGUAGAGAUUUCUGAAUUCCAUCAGUUCAACAAUAAACAAAUUCAAAAAACUUCGACUUGGCAGAUGAUGAGUUUUUGCUUCACAAAGUCAUGACAUGGCAGGAUGCUAAGCUAUAUACAGCAAGCAGGUUUUAUUUUUUUAAAUUUUAAAAUGUCAGUAUCACCUCAACAAAUAAAGCAGUGCAGCACAGAGCCAAAGGCAGAGAUAAUCAGCAGUAGAAUUAGAUGCAACUAAAUUUCCCCGUCCUGUUCACUUUGACACUCGAUGAAAAGGAAGCAGCUGCGACCCAAAAUGUCUCGUUUGAGUUUGAAUUAAUGUCACAGUUGAAACACACAGUCGACAGUUACAGAUUCACUGAGAGCAGCAUUGCUAAAACAAGAACAGAACACCCGAACGGUUUGUCGUACCAUUUUCCCGCCUUUUUUUUUCACUCAAAAUCUAAGCUUCUAGCUAGCACUGUCAGAAUGUCAGCAGGCCGACUGUCACAUUCUAAUGUAAAAACCUUAAAAUGAUAAGACAAGAUAAUUUUCUGGCAUCAUGUGAUGGUAAUGUAGCUUAGCCAGUUAGCUGUCUUAUACUCUAAAGCUAAAAAGGAACAGUUAGCAUAGUUAGCUAGUUGGUUGUUGCCAACUACUCCUCCAACAGUUCAAGCCUUUUCAUCAUAGUUACUGAUACAUUAAUUUUACCACACAUCAUAAAAAGUUAAAAUACUGCGAGAAAAAAAAAAUCGAAAUUCAUAUCCCCAACUUUUUAGCUAGAGCUAGCUUUGGUCAGUGAGCUCACUACCUUUGGUUAGCAUCAGGGCGGUCACCUUAAAUUCAGUAUCAUUUGAAUGUGGGGAAAACGUAAUAUCAGUAUUCUAACUAUAACGAUCUGUCCGACGCUAAAACUGUAGGUAUGUUCGUAAAAUGUUCACACAAAAAAGAAAAUUAGCUAGCAGUGCUAAAUGGAUUAAAACACAAACUGUGAAUUAAUGUGUGGAAGCAUUUUGGAUUUUACACCACAGAUUUAAAAAAAUCUUGUAUAAAAGUAAGGCUGUUUCUUGUGUGAAAUGCAGCGACAGUAACGUUAGCUUGUCAUCAGGUGAGGCACCAUGAAUAAAAAUAUGUGAAUUCUACAGUGUAGUUUAGCAUUAGCCUGCAAGUAUGUUCAGAAGUAUUUUAGUGAAUGAGAUGUUGAUUUUUAAUUAUUUAAACUUUUUUUUAAGUGACAGCCCUGUUUUGUUUAGCAUCAGCUAACAAAUGUUGCUUUGUUACUUCACAGACAUUAGCCUAUUUUUACACCAUCUGUGGUGCAGGCUAGUCAACUGAAACAGCUCUGAGCCAUGUGUAAUAUAUUAAAAUGAAUCAGCACCCCAGGUAACACUGACAAAAAGUUUCGGCCAUCAUGAUUGGGGCCAUGUUGACUAUGUUAGUUCAGCCUAAACCAAUUAAUUUCUUAAUUUUUUUCUACAUCUCACAACCAAAUCACGUUUUAUGUGUUGUUAUAUUUUUUUCAUUUUAGUUUUUUUUUCUCUGUAAUUGUGAGUUUUAUUGUCAAAACAGUAAAAGUCAGAAUCUGGUAGAGAGGAGUAAAAGGGCAGUGUUGUAAAAAGAGAGAUCUGUAGCAUUAGCAGUUAGCUUU